AUGUGUCGCUGCCCCAGACCCCAAGGCCGAGUCAUCGCCCCCAUCUCCAUCUCCAUCUCCAUCUCCAUCUCCGCCUACCCAGCAGCUCCGAGCCCAGAUCCUAAGGUUCCAGAGCCCCCGAAGCAAAGUAAUGAGCAGAACCCUCCUGAUGGGCAGCAAGAGGCACCCCCAGCUCCCCUUCCCGUAGUGGUAAACAGAUAUGCUGACAACCAGCUAAGAGACAUCAUCAAACGCCUGAGGGAAAGGACAGAGAUCUAUAAGGAAAAGGUCAUCGACCCCUACGCCUCCUCUCCGGAACACAGCCCACCUGUCACACCAGUUAUAAGGAGACGGGAUUUCCUCAAAAGAGAGGAAGAAGAGAGGCGACGGAAUGAGGAGGAAGAGAAGAAAAAAAAGGAGGAAGAAGACAAAAAGGCAGCAGAGAGAAAAGAGGAGAAAAAGAAGGAAGAGAAAAAAGAUGAAAAGAAAGAAGGUGAGGUGGAGGUCAAACCUGAAGCCUCCAUGUGUCCGAAGUUCAGCUUCAGCUGCAUCUUUUCUGCUCUUUUUGCUGUGAUUGAUGUGCUGCUGAAACCCCUGGAGGACAAGCUGGACACAUGGCUGGACAAGACCAUAGAUCCUGUCACAGACCGCAGGUAUAUCUGUUGGCUCAGCAUGGUGACCAUGGCCUUCAACUACAACGCCUGGCUCAUCCCUGCCCGGAUGGCCUUCCCGUACCACACAGACUACAGUAUUCCCUUCUGGUUCUGCUUGGACAUCCUCGCCGAUAUCAUCUACGUCAUCGACAUGAUCGUCUUCCAACCCCGCCUGCAGUUUGUCAAGGGCGGCGACGUCAUUUGCGACAGGGGUUUGACAAAGAAGAAUUAUCGAGACUCCGCAAGAUUCAAGUCUGACAUCUUGGCCAUCAUACCCUUCGAUUUGUUAUAUGUCCAGUUCGGGUUCAUGUCCACUUUAAGAGCAAACCGUAUCUUGAAACAAGAAUCCUUCUUCGAGUUCAGCGAUCGUCUUGAGAGCAUCAUGACCAAGGCCUACAUCUGGAGAGUGAUCCGCACCACGGGCUACCUGCUCUACAUCCUGCACCUCAAUGCCUGCAUCUACUACACGGCCUCCGAUUAUCAGGGCAUCGGCUCAACCAAGUGGGUGUACGACGGCCAAGGCAACGCGUACCUGCGCUGCUACUACUUUGCCGUUCGCACUCUCAUCACCAUCGGAGGCCUUCCGGAGCCCAACACAGUCUUUGAGAUUGUGUUUCAGUUGUUGAACUAUUUCACAGGUGUCUUUGUGUUCUCCAGUUUGAUCGGACAGAUGAGGGAUGUCAUUGGGGCGGCGACUGCGGGCCAGACGUAUUUCCGCACCUCUAUGGACAGCACAGUGGCCUACAUGAACACCUACAAGAUCCCCAAACUGGUGCAAAACAGGGUGCGCACCUGGUACAACUACACCUGGGACUCCCAGGGCAUGCUGGAUGAGUCAGAGCUGCUGGAGCAGAUGCCACUGGUCAUGAGAACAGCCAUCGCGGUGGACAUCAACCUGAGUACCUUCCAGAAGAUCGACCUCUUCAAGGGCUGUGAUAACCAGAUGCUUGUGGAUAUGCUGCUGCGACUCAAGUCCAUCGUCUACCUGCCAGGGGACUUUGUGUGCAAGAAGGGGGACAUCGGAAAGGAGAUGUACAUCAUCAAGGCUGGAGAGGUACAAGUGGUGGGCGGACCCGACAACAAGAUCGUCUUUGUCACUCUGAAGGCUGGGUGUGUGUUCGGAGAGAUCAGUCUGCUGCAGUCAUCAGCAAACGGGGGAAACCGCAGGACAGCCAACGUGGCGGCACAUGGCUUCGCCAACCUGUUUGUCUUGGACAAGAAAGACCUCAAUGACAUCCUGGUCCACUACCCCGAAUCCCAGAAGGUGCUUGCCAGGAAGGCAAGGAAAUUAAUAAAGUCCAAGGUUCCGGGUGCUGCUGCUGCUGGAGAUGCAGAACAGAAGAAGGGGAUGGCUUUGUUUAUGCCCAAACCUCCGACUCCCAAGAUGCUGCGUGCCUUUGGCAAAGGAGGGAUUCUGCAGAAACUUAGGGCUGCAGCCGGUGACGGAAUGAAAUAGGAGAAUCCAUUUUCC